AUGUCGGUGCCGCGUGCCAUCGAGGCCCGGUUGACCGAGCUCACCAGCGUCAAAGAUGAGGCCUGGAUCAACGAUUUCCGAGCCGUUAUUGCCAACGCCCUUGCCAUGGCCGCUCAACACAGCAAUACCACAGGGAAACCUCCGCCGCCAGCCCCCGCCGCCGCAGGCCCGCCCAAUUUUCCUAUCGGCGACACUGUGUUUGUGCAGGACAAAGUGGCUUUUGCCGGCCUGAUAAGAGGCCAGGGCAAUUUCGAAAUUGGCCAGUCGGGCAUUCGUUGUGCUACAAGCAAACAGACAAUCACGUUCCACCUCGAUAACAUUGACGCCUUUGUGGCCGUAAAGGCAUUCCGGCGCGAUGUCUUUGAAUUUUAUUUUCAUUUUCACGAGCCCAUCUGCAACAAGCCGGGCAUCGUGGUCAAGUGCAGCACGGUGACUCAGCAAAUCUCAGGCCGCGCUCAGAGCACAUCACCUGCACAGGCCAUGAGCGAGCAGCUCGCUGAGCUAGCGGUACACCAUGGUAUCAGCUGCCAUCUCUCGGACGUCACCGAAGGGCUAAGUUGUCACAUGGGGACAGCAGAAGGCUACCUUCACCUGCUGCCUUUUGCUAUCGUGUUUGCUCCUCGGAUGACUUACAUCCCGCUUUCAUCCAUCACGUCUCUUAAUGUUGAGCCGCGAGGAAGCAAGUUGGUGGAACUGCAGAUUAUGCCUCGCGAUGGCAAGGUCAUUGAGUUUACCCUUGAGGCCGACGUUGCACCCGAUUUGAACGAGUACGUCAAGAAGACGCGGCGCUUGCAGAAACGCUCUGCCGCAACAACGCAUGAGGAGUCAGAGGGCUUGGCCAGCACAGCCAAGCGUGUCAAACCAGAGACUGCCGAAGGCAUCAUGGACGACAGCGACAGCGAGAGCGAAGACGACUCAGAUUUUGACCCUGAAGCAGCUGAGCAUGUCGCUCAGCAGGAGCAAGACAUGGACACGGGCGAUGAAGAUGAAGAUGCAGAUGCUGAUGAAGAAGUGGACCUCGAUGAGGAGGAGGACGACGACGACGAGGAAGAAGAUCUGGAUGAAGAGGAGGAUCUAGACGAGGCGGGUGAAGACGAUGAGGAGGACAUUGAGGAUGAGGAUGAGGUUGACGAGGAUGUGGCAGACAGCAACGACGCCAGUGAAGUCGAAUAUGCCGCUGGCGAGGGCGAGGGCGAGGGCGAGGGCGAGGGCGAGGGCGAGGGCGAGGGGGAGGAAGUGGACGAGGACGAGGAUGCUGUUGCUGGCGAAGAUGCAGAGGAAGUGGACCUUGAAAACGAGGACGAUGAGGAUGACGAGGACCAUGCCGAGGACCACGAAGAUGACGAUGAGGAUGACGACGAUGACGAUGAUGAAGCUGAUGUUGACGACGAUGCUGAGCACGGUGGCACGGACGAAGUAGAUGCUACGGACAAGAAUGACGAGGACGUCGAAGACGAAGAGGCCGAGAACGCCGAGGACGACGAGGAAGAUGCUGAGGAAGAUGCCGAAGAUGAGGGUGAAGAGGACGAUCAGGAAGCGGACUUGGAGGAGGAAGAAGAGGCUGAGGACGAUGUCGAGGGCGACGAGGAAGCUGAAGAUGAUGCCGAGGAAGAUGAGGACGAAGAUGUCGAUGUCGAUGUCGAUGACGAAGAAGCAGAAGAGGAAGAGGAGGAGGAGGAAGAAGAAGACAACGACGACGAAGAAGAAGACGAAGAAGAAGAAGACGAAGAAGAGGGUGGCGAGGAGGAAGCUGAAGAGGAAGAUGCUGGCGAGGACGAGGAGAACCAGACGCAAAGUUAG